CACUCUCACGCUUCUCUUUCUCUCUCUCUCUUCCCUCAAAACUGCCAUCUCCCUUUCUCUCGUUGCUUCUGUACUUCUCAAAGGGAAAGAAAGUGUUGAAGGAACCCCAAAACCCCAACACCCAUCUCUUAACUCUUCCAUUCCUUGGUUUCUCAGAAGUUUAGGAGGUGCCCAUGAGAACCCAGAUCUGAAAGCUUCACAUUUGAUUUUGAGCUUAAAAGCUACUAUGAAUCUCUGAAAUUUUUUGUUCCCCAGAAGAAGGUAUGUCGUCCUCCGACCCUAAAACCCGACCUAAACCCGGUUCAUGGCCACCGGCUCCUGAUGCUGCUCCAAUUCCGCCGUCUUCAUGGGCCAAGCGUACUGGCUUCCGUCCCAAGUUCUCUGGGGAGACCAAUGCCAGUGACUCUGGUCAAUUAUCGUUGCCUCCGAGGCCUAGAGAGCCGGAUAACCAGCCAGAUCUUGAGGCGGGGAGAGCCCCUCUGGUGCCAGUGGCUAAUGGGGUGCAGGAGAAUCAGAGGGUUGUGGCGGAAAAGGAUCAGAAAGUUAAGAAAAGGAAGGAUUCUGACGGCCAGCCCAAAGGGUCCAGUCCGGGGCACAACGGUACGGCAAACGCUAAUGGGCACGCGGGAGCAAACGGGGCAGCUGAACCGGCGCCACGGAGGGCUGCCAGGACUGAGGAGGCGGGGUACGUCUUGCCUCAGAGUACAGAUGAUGAUGGGUUUGUUGGUAGGCCCUCGCAUAUGAUCUACGAGCUCAGGGAUACACCUGGUCUUGUUCCCAUUGGUCUCUAUGGAUUCCAGCAUUAUCUUUCAAUUUUGGGUUCAUUGAUUCUUUUUCCACUCGUCAUAGUUCCUGCUAUGGGUGGCACUUCUGAGGAUACUUCAAAUGUUGUUUCAACUGUGCUCUUUGUGUCGGGUGUGACCACGCUUUUGCAUACAUCUUUUGGGUCAAGGUUGCCUCUGAUACAAGGUCCAUCAUUUGUUUUCCUAGCUCCCGCACUGGCCAUAAUUAACUCUCCAGAGUUCCAAGGACUGAAUGGAAAUAGUUUCAAGCAUAUUAUGAAGGAGUUACAGGGGGCCAUUAUCAUAGCUUCAGCAUUUCAAGCAUUCCUAGGAUAUAGUGGAAUCAUGUCACUGUUUUUGAGGUUGAUCAAUCCGGUGGUUGUAGCACCUACCAUUGCUGCUGUUGGACUUUCUUUUUAUAGCUAUGGCUUCCCACUGGUUGGUACAUGUAUCGAGAUUGGUGCUGUGCAGAUAUUGCUGGUUAUCAUUUUUUCUCUUUACCUUCGUAAGAUAUCUGUCUUUGGUCAUCGCAUUUUUCUCAUCUAUGCGGUUCCCUUGGGUCUUGCAAUAACUUGGGCAUUUGCAUUCCUUCUCACUGAAACCGGAGCCUAUAGUUACAAAGGUUGUGAACCUAAUGUACCUGCCUCAAAUAUAAUAUCUGAGCAUUGCAGAAAACAUAUUUCAAGGGUGAAGAACUGUCGAGUUGAUACAUCUCAUGCGUUGAAAUCCUCCCCAUGGUUUAGGUUUCCUUAUCCGUUACAAUGGGGCACUCCUGUCUUUAGUUGGAAAAUGGCCCUCGUUAUGUGUGUGGUUUCCAUAAUUGCAUCAGUAGAUUCGGUUGGCUCAUACCAUGCGUCAUCAUUGCUGGUGGCAUCAAGACCUCCUACACCUGGAGUUCUUAGUCGAGGAAUUGGGCUUGAAGGCUUAUCUAGUGUGUUGGCUGGUCUUUGGGGUACAGGAAGUGGGUCCACCACUCUAACUGAAAAUGUGCAUACCAUUGCUGUCACGAAAAUGGGAAGCCGCAGGGCUGUUGAACUGGGUGCAUGUGUUUUGAUAGUCUUAUCCCUUAUAGGUAAAGUUGGAGGGUUUAUUGCCUCGAUUCCUCCAGUCAUGGUUGCAGCUCUCCUGUGCUUCAUGUGGGCAAUGCUUACAGCAUUGGGUCUGUCAAAUCUACGUUAUAGCGAGGCUGGAAGCUCUCGGAAUAUCAUAAUUGUUGGGUUAUCUUUGUUUUUCUCCCUCUCAAUACCGGCCUACUUUCAGCAAUACGGCAUCUCUCCAAACUCCAACUUGUCUGUUCCAAGUUACUUUCAACCAUAUAUUGUGGCAUCUCAUGGACCUUUCCGCAGCAAAAAUGGAGGGGUGAACUAUGUCAUGAAUACAUUACUGUCAUUGCAUAUGGUGAUAGCAUUCCUUCUAGCCGUUAUACUGGACAACACUGUACCUGGAAGUCGACAAGAACGUGGAGUGUAUGUAUGGUCCGAACUAGAGACAGCAAGAAGAGAACCUGCAGUUGUAAAAGACUAUGUUUUGCCCUUCCGGUUUGGUCGGGCUUUCCGAUGGGUGAAGUGGGUCGGGUUUUGACAAUUUUUUGCUGGAACAGUGACCAACACCAUGUCCUUAGUAGCCAUUCAUGGGGUUCUUGGCAGAGCCCUGCACAUUGAUUCUAAACAUAUAAAAUCCCAUAAAGCUUCAUAUGGUAAAUAGUUUUCUGAACUCUUCUGCAUUUUUUUUCUUUCUCGUAUACGGUAGGACUUCUUUUUGGGACUAUAUAUAUAUAGGGGCAGCUGGGUUUUUUCUGCACAUCGAGAAUCCAGAUGGAUUUUGGGGUUGCUGUAAUUUUAAUUUUUAAAACCAUUAUAUUGUACCUAGAUUUUGCCUUUCUGUAUAUUUUUCUCAUUACUCUUUUUUUGGUAAGCUUCUCUUUAAAAUUCAUGAUUAAAUUUUUUAUUCAUAU